AUGGAGGAGCGCGCUGACCAACCAACCGCCGGAGGCGCUGCCCCGAACCCGUUCGACCAUUUCGUCCAAGCGAUCGAUCGUAUUGCUGUGGGGCUGAGCCAGCAGAACGCUCGGAUGUACCAAGAUUUCCAGGCUCAGCUGCACGCCUACCAGCAGCAGCUGCAGCAACGCGUGUCUGUUCCUCAACCACCUCGAGAGUACCGACUGGAAGGGGUUACCAUGCCGACCUUCUACGGGAAACCGACCGAGUCGGUGGACGACCAGCAGCGCGUGAUCGCCAUCCUCGCUGCCAACCUGAGGGAGGGAGCUGCAUCCUGGUACCAUGCCCAAGUCGCGAUCGACCACAUCCGCAUCAACGACCAGUUUCGUCUGCGUGCAGAGCUGAAGGCUUGCCGCCAGCGCAGUUCUGUCGAAGAAUAUGUCGACCGAUUUUGCGACGGCCUGAAGUCGGAGACGCGCAAAGAGAUGAUGUACCUGCGCUGCGGUACGCUUUCUGAAGUCAUCUCGGCUGCUCAAGCAUUUGAGCGCACUCAUUUCCACUCGUCGGACCGCAAUCGAGCCUCCAGCAACUCAAGGAACCACGGGAAUGCGCAUCGUGCAGCUACGGAUGGGCCAACUCCGAUGGAUGUCUCCGCGGUUGACACUCGCUCGAUAUGCAAGGAGCAGUGCAGGCGUCAAAAUCUGUGCUUCUACUGCAAGGGCAGUGGCCAUCGCAUCGGCCAGUGUCCUCAUCGCAAACCCGCUCGUGGACAACAGCAUCAGGGAAACGACUCAGCUCGGCGGAUGUAA